AUGGAACAAUUUCUCCUGCAAUAUGCCACCCGGCACCAGUCCCUAGUCAAACAGUUCAAGCCUCCCCGAUCGAAGGGCAAUGAUCCAGAGCAGCCUCCCGCCAGCCCAAAUAUCACGGUGGCCACACGCAUCCGCCCCAUGCUCUCUGAAGAAAUGGCAUCAGGCCAAGUGCCCGCGGCAUUUGCGCGCUCGGAUGAAAGCGGGGUCGUGGACCUCCAUACGUUGCGACGGGUCGUUCGGGGGCUACCCCCGGCCGGCAAAGUGUUUGGCCCGGAUCACUCCACGGAGUUGGUCUACGACGAGCUUGUCCAUCCGCUGCUUCCGUGGGUAUGGAAUGGAGGUGUGGGCACACUCUUCGCCUAUGGACAGACUGGAUCGGGCAAGACAUUUACAGUCACUGGCCUAGAGCGGCUGAUCGCCAGCUCGUUCUUCGAUGGGGCGCUGGGCGGCGAACGGAAGCUACACAUUAGCAUCUUCGAACUGGCAGGCAAUUCGGCGUACGACCUCCUCAAUUCCCGCACCCCCUUCUCCAUACUCGAAGACUCCUUUGGCAACACCCAGCUCGCAGGCGCCCUGGAACACGCUGUUGCAAAUGCGCAAGACCUCCUAUCCUACAUCAACGAGGCAACCUCCUUCCGUCAGACAGCAAGCACGGAGAAAAAUGACGGAUCCUCUCGCUCCCAUGCAAUCUGCCGCAUUCGCAUCGAACAGCCGGCCCAUAUAGGAAUCGAUGAUGGUUUCUUAUACCUCGUCGAUCUCGCUGGGUCCGAGGCUGCCCGGGAUAUCUUCAACCACAGUGCCGACCGCAUGAAAGAAACCCGUGAGAUCAACAUCAGCCUGUCCGUUUUGAAAGACUGCAUCCGUAGCUUGGCUGCCAUAGAAUCUGUUCCUGCCAUGGGCAAGUUGGCGAAGAAGCCCUACAUUCCAUUCCGCCAAAGUACGUUGACGAAGGUCUUAAAACAUGUCUUUGAUCCCAACGCGGGCCGCCAAUGCAAGACAGCCGUGCUGGCAUGUGUGAACCCGAGCUUUUUAGAUACGGGGGCAACCAAGAAUACGCUGCGCUACGCGGAGAUGCUUCGAUCAGCGGAGACGAAGACCACGGCUGCUGGGUAUGACCCGGCGAAUCCAUCAACCUGGACAAACAAAGAUGUGCGCAAUUAUAUCAAAUUGAAGUCCGGCGAUCCUAGUGUCUCGCCAUCAGAUUUGGCGCCGCAGGAAUCGGGUUUGCAGCUUCUCCGUUUACCAGCGGACCAGUUUGUCUCCCGUUGCCUGUCUACGGAAGGCGUCACUGAGGACCAGGCCAAGGCAUUUUAUGCGAAGUUCUGGCGCUUGCACAUUGACUCGCAGGGAAACUCGUCGACAAGGGCGGACGAAUCCACUGGAGCAGACAGCUCUUCGUCCAAAUGCCGCGAUUGUCCGGAUUCCUUUCUGUCAAGUCGAGACCCGGACCCCAGCGCAGCAACCCAAGACUUCAUGAAACGGAUUCGGCCGGGUAUGGUGGUGAGUUGGACACCGCCGCUCGAUCUACCCGGUCGCUCGACCACACAAAAUUUGGCCCUUGUGCUGUGUCCUCAGCAUGCUGUUUGUGAUGGCGUGCAAGAUGUCAAAAGCAAUAAAACAUUAGAAACCGUCGAUGGGCCUGGCAGGAACGGCCGGUAUCUCUGUGCCAUGGUGCUUCCUGGUGCAAUGGCUGGUUCAUACGAGGUUAACUUGUGGCGCCAAGUAAUAGUGGGUGUGGAAGAGAUGGAAAGGGAGGUUCUAUUGGAGUAUGACCGUGCCACACGAUACUACCAUGCUACAGUUUAA